AUGAAUUGCUCAAAUGCGGCUCCCAUAUUUGUUAGGGUGUUUGAUAUUAACCGUAAAGAUGAGCCAAUCCUAGAUGCACAACCGAGGUUUAGAUUUACUAGGCGGGUUGCAUAAGCUUCUUUCCUUAUGUAACCCGCCUAGUAAAUCUAAAACUCUUACCUUUGAGUUACAGGCAACUAUGCGGGGAUCUCUUGCAAACCUUCCGCAUUGUUAAGGGGUUGGAUUGCAGUCUGGCCUUCGAGGACAUUUUUGAAUGUGCUACCACGACCAACCUCCGAGGACAUCCACUAAAACUGCGCACUCAACAGGCAAAGCUGGAUGUGCGGAAGUUCUCCUUCUCUGUUGGAGUGGUCAAACCAUGGAAUGCCCUUCCCGCAGAUGUUGUGAUGUCACCAUCUCCACAAAGAUUUAAAAAGAAUCUGGAUAUAUUUAUGNCAGACCUUAUUUAUCACACUCUUCCUCCUCCGAGAUUGUUUCGUGGGGAUAUUGGACCAUGA